AUGAAGUUCCAAACCGUCUUUACCAUCACUGCUUUGGCUGCUAUUGCCACUGCUGCCAGCUCUGCUGAAGCUGCUGAAGCCUCUGUGGAAGCUCACGCUGGCCACGACCAUGACCAUGAUCACGGCCAUGACCAUGAUCACGACCACGACCACGACCACGACCACGACCACGAUCAUGCGAGCGAAGCCAAUGGUGGUGAGGCCAAGGCUGAAGAAACUGCUCAAGCCUCUGCUACCACCGGUGAUGACCACGACCACGCCCAUGAGUCGGGCGAAUCCGGUCAUGACCACGACCACGCUCACGAAUCCGGUGACGACCACGACCACGCUCACGAAUCCGGUGACGACCACGACCACGCCCAUGAAUCUGGCGAAGCUGCUCAUUCUCAUGAAUCUGGCGAGGCCGAUCACGCCCACAGCAACACCGUCAGUGCUAAGAGCGACAACGGCGCCGUUGCUGUUGGCUUCGGCACUGGUGCCGUCGCCCUUGCUGCCGUCUUGUUGUUGUAA